AUGGCGCACCUGGAUCCUCCGGCCAAGGCGGCGAGGCUGGCGCCGCCCAUGACGUGGCGGACGCGCCUCUCCAUCUUCGCCGCGGGCUACCUCACCGACGCCACCCGCCGCGCCGACGGCACCAUCAACCGCCGCCUGCUCGCCUACCUCGACCCGGGCGUCCCGCCCUCCGCCGCCCCGCGCAACGGCGUCGCCUCCCGCGACCUCGACAUCGACCCCGCCCUCCCGCUCCCGCUCCGCGCCCGCCUCUUCCACCCCGCGCCCGCCUCCAGCACCCCGCUCCCCGUCGUCGUCUUCUUCCACGGCGGCGGCUUCGCGUACCUCUCCGCCUCCUCCCCGGCCUACGACGCCGCGUGCCGCCGCAUCGCCAGGCACUGCGGCGCCGCCGUGCUCUCCGUCGACUACCGCCGCGCCCCGGAGCACCGCUUCCCCGCCGCCUACGACGACGCCUUCGCCGCGCUCCGCUUCCUCGACGACCCCAAGAAGCUCCCCUCCGCCGACGGGGUCCCGCCACUCGACGUCUCCCGCUGCUUCCUCGCCGGGGACAGCGCGGGCGCCAACAUCGCGCACCACGUCGCCCGCCGCUACGCGCUCUCGGCCUCCUCCUUCGCCAGCGUCCGGGUCCGCGGCCUCGUCGCCAUCCAGCCGUUCUUCGGGGGCGAGGAGCGGACCCCCGCCGAGCUCCGCCUCGACGGCGCGCCCAUCGUGUCCGUCCCCCGCUGCGACUGGAUGUGGCGCGCCUUCCUCCCGCCCGGCGCCGACCGGACCCACGAGGCCGCGCACGCCGCGUCACCGGCGGCCAUGGCCGGCAUCGACUCCGAGGCGUUCCCGCCGGCCGUGGUGGUCGUCGGCGGGUACGACCCACUCCAGGACUGGCAGCGGCGCUACUGCGACACUCUUAGGUCCAAGGGGAAGGAGCUGCAGCUGCUGGAGUACCCCGACGCCAUCCACGCCUUCUACGUCUUCCCGGAGUUCGCCGAGUCCAAGGACCUAAUGAUCCGGAUCAAGAACUUCGUCGCCGGGACCAAGUGAAGUGAAGUGGAGUGAGCGGCUAGUGUCAGUGUCAACAGUGGUGAGUGUUUGUUUGUUUGCAUGUGUGGCCGUGAAUGUCUGUCUGGGUGGAGCAGAGGAUUGAGUGGGUUCGCGUCACGUCUCUCAUGUCUGUGGAGUGUGGAGUAUGCAUCGCAGUGCGGGCAGGGUACACGAUGGGUCGUGACGGUGCACUACUGCUGUCAGUGUCACUGUCACAUAGUAUUCGACA